UCUCUCUCUCUCUCUCUCUCUCUCUCUCUCUGAAAAUGUAGCUUCAUCACACCAUAAAACCACUCCCAGCUUUGUGUUGCAGCCAUUUAAUCUUGAGAAAUGAAAAGAAUAGACCUCUUUUGUGCAUCCCCGGCCUCUACAGCAAUAUGUAGUGCUAUGGAUGAAAAGUCCACGGUCCGACAGAGCAGCAGAGCCAUUGAUCGCCAGUUGUCCCAUCUAAUUGAUGGUCAGAGAAGGAAACCCCACAACCCAUCUUCAGGAUCACCCUCAAUUCCAAAAUCCAACCAUCAAAAGGGUAGGAAAUUAAGCUCUUCCAAACAAACUGAUCUAAGUAGCCCACUUGGUUCAUCUAGAUAUCUCUUGGGAGAUGCAUCCUUCUUCGGUGUAUCAUUGGAUCAAGACCGACUUCCUGCAUUGGCUCCGAUUAAUCUAACGGCUUCUCGAUUGGUCAGCGAAUCAGACAUUUUCAGGCCAUCAGAUGAUAAGGUUGUAGAAUUGAAGGUAUCUUUGCACUGCAAGGGUUGUGAAGGAAAAGUGAGGAAGCACAUCUCCAGAAUGGAAGGGGUGACAUCUUUCAGUGUAGAUUUCUCAGCCAAGAAAGUGACGGUGAUCGGUGAUCUGACCCCUUUGGAAGUCCUAGCCAGUAUUUCUAAAGUGAAGAAUGCAGAGUUCUGGCCAUCAUCAUCAUCUUAGUCAUCUUCAUCUUUACCGUCCAUUUUCCGACCAUCGAAAUAAAAUGGCCCACAGACCCAAUUGAUGGUGUCCUGGGGCCCCGGAGUUGGAACAAAAGAGGACCAUCAUUUUGGAUAUCCAAAUCCUAGAUCUGAUGGCCCACAUGGUUGGUAGACCAUACCCCAAAGUCCUCCAAGAUAAGAAUAUCCUAGCGUCUAUGGAUUUUUUGUCUUUUUUUUUUUGGUGGGGUUGAAUGUGGACCUUUUUGCUUGUUUCUUAAACCUUAAUUUUUAAGGCUCAUAAUUAAAGGGUUAGCAUUGUUCCAUUGAAGAGAUCUUCGGGGAAAGACCAUCCACAAUGAUAUCCAUCAUAGGAACGGUCCAGAUCAUUAAGUCAUGUGCCCACUUGUACGGAAUAAACACGUGGGCCCACUUCAUGGAUUGAAAAGAUCAGAUUGUGUAAUCUGGAAUGGAAUCUGGGUCGCCAAAAUGAGAAAACAA